AUACCAGAGACAAAAAAGCCUACCAGAUCCUGAGCUGCAACCAACAGGAGCACAAACAAUCUGAAGGACUUCUGCCAUCAGAUACUCUACAUGGAGGAAAAACGUAUUUUUGGGACAUAUACACUGUUCUAAGGAUCAUUUCUCAGUUUUAGUUUUUCACUGAAGAAGUGGGUGGUGCAUGUGAGCAGAAGAUCCUAUUACAGAGAUUCAGACUUUUUCCAGUUUUUUUUUCUAUAAGUGGGGGUAGGGCGAAGCAACUUUCUCUGUUAUGGUUUUCUUCCUAAAGCGAUCCAGCAAAAAACUUCAUUUGAUCUGGAUUCAUCUUUAACUUUUUUUUUUUUUGAUACUUUUUCAGGAGUAAUUGAGCUGAAUAAUGUGGACAUUUAGGACUAUUCUGUGGCACACGGACGAAAAGUGCAGAGCCAAAAAGUUUGAGGGGACUUCAAGAAAACUGUAGAGAAGAAAAGAACGCCCUGCAGUUUUCCUGCAGCAUGGGAAUCUUCCUGUUUUACCACAGUAGCUUACAGUUUGAUUCCUAAAGCCUUGUUCUUUUGAGCAGUUGGAUUUUCCUCAGGUCCAUUUCUCCUUUCAAGAUGUCUUCCCAGGCUUGGAGCCCCAUUGUUGGGAUGCUUUGCAUCUGGGCUGCCUGGCUGUGGGGCUGUAGGGCAGUGCUGGCCCAGAACGGGACGUUGUUUGAAGACAACUGCAAGAAAACUACAACUUGUGAGGCGCUUAAAUACAACACUUGCUUGGGAUCACCUUUACCGUACACCCAUACAUCUCUGAUCCUGGCUGAGGACUCCAGUAGCCAAGAGGAGGCUUUUGAAAAGCUGACCAUGUGGUCUGGAUUGCGAAAUGCUCCACGCUGUUGGUCUGUAAUCCAGCCACUGCUCUGUGCCAUCUACAUGCCAAAAUGUGACAAUGGGCAAGUGGAGCUGCCCAGCAAAAGUCUGUGUUUGGCCACACGUCGCCCUUGCAGCAUCGUGGAUCGAGAGAGAGGAUGGCCCAAUUUUCUCAAAUGUGACAAAUUCCCAGUGGGCUGUUCGGUGCCGAAGUUGAAGUUCAACACCUCAGGCCAGUGUGAAGCUCCUCUGGUGAAGACAAACAUUCAGUCCAGUUGGUACAAGGAUGUAGAAGGUUGUGGUAUCCAGUGUGACAACCCCUUGUUCACAGAAGAGGAGCACGAUGAUAUGCACGCCUACAUUGCUUACUUUGGCACAGUCACCCUCCUCUGCACCUUUUUUACUUUGGCCACAUUUCUUGCUGACUGGAAAAAUUCAAACCGCUACCCAGCCGUCAUUCUCUUCUACAUCAAUGCUUGCUUCUUUGUGGGCAGCAUUGGUUGGCUGGCCCAAUUUCUGGAUGGAGCACGCAAGGAGAUUGUGUGCAAGAGCGACAACACUAUGCGGCUAGGGGAGCCCUCAUCUUCAGAAACGCUGUCAUGUGUCACCAUCUUCAUCAUCGUCUAUUACUCCCUGAUGUCUGGUGUGAUCUGGUUCGUCAUGCUCACCUACGCCUGGCACACCUCCUUCAAGGCUUUGGGAACAACUCAACAGCCGCUAUCUGGACGAACCUCUUAUUUCCACAUGGUGACCUGGUCCAUCCCUUUUGUCCUCACUGUUGCCAUCCUUGCUUUAGCUGAGGUGGAUGGGGACUCUGUGAGCGGGAUUUGCUUUGUUGGCUACAAGAACUACCACUAUCGGGCUGGAUUUGUGCUGGCGCCCAUUGGAGUGGUGCUAGUUGUUGGAGGCUACUUCCUCAUCCGGGGUGUCAUGACCUUAUUUUCCAUCAAGAGUAACCACCCGGGACUGCUGAGUGAGAAAGCAGCCAGCAAAAUCAAUGAGACAAUGCUGAGACUUGGUAUAUUUGGAUUCCUUGCCUUUGGCUUUGUUUUCAUCACAUUCGGAUGUCACUUUUAUGACUUCUUCAACCAGGCUGAAUGGGAGAGAAGCUUCAGAGAAUAUGUGCUGUGUGAAGCCAAUGUGACAAUUGCUUCUCAAACCAAUAAGCCCAUCCCAGAAUGCACCAUUAAAAACCGUCCCAGUCUGAUGGUGGAGAAGAUCAAUCUGUUUUCCAUGUUCGGGACAGGAAUAGCUAUGAGCACCUGGGUCUGGACUAAGGCCACCUUUCUCAUCUGGAAACGCACUUGGUUCAAGAUCAUCGGUCGCAGUGACAAUGAACCCAAAAGGAUCAAGAAGAGCAAAAUGAUUGCUAAGGCGUUUGCAAUGAGAAAGGAGCUUCACAAGGACCCGGAGAAGGAGCUUUCCUUCAGCAUGCACACCAUGUCACACGAUGGCCCAGUGGCUGGAAUUAAUUUUGAGCUGAACGAGCCAUCCAAUGAUGUUUCAUCAGCAUGGGCGUUACACGUGACCAAGAUGGUCGCUAGACGUGGAGCCAUACUGCCUCAGGACAUUUCUGUCACUCCCACUGGGACACCAGUGCCCCCUCCAGAGGCGAAGAACAAGUUGUGGAUGGUGGAGGCAGAGAUAUCACCUGAGAUGAUAAAGAGGAAAAAGAAGAAGAAGAAAAGAAGGAAGGAGGUGCGAAAGCCGGAAGAGGUGGUGGAAAACCAAACUUGCCUUCAGCGAGAGUUUGGCCGCAGCGCAGUUCCCCGACUGCCUAAACUUCCCUGUCACCCAAGCCUGGUGGCCAAUCUGCGUGAACAGCAGAGGGAGCUGACGUUGGAGCAGGAGAAUCUGCCAGGCUCUUUACCAGAUUUUGAACCUUAUGAGGAGAGGUGUCCUUACCUGCAGUGUCAGAGCAGUAAAAAUAGUUAUCUGAUGACUCAGGUUGAUUGUCCGGAAAACCUGGGUCUUAGGCCACGCUGUACCCCUUUGACUUCAAACCGGCAGCCUGGUGGAUCAUCAAUGUUCCCAGGAGGGAUGGAUCAUCCUGGCGGGCUGUCAGAGAGAAUGGCUCAUGUGGCACGGGUACCAGCGGGCCGCAGGGCUGGCUAUGGACCCAUCCACUCCAGGACCAAUUUAAUGGAAGCAGAGCUUAUGGAUGCUGACUCUGAUUUUUAAAACAGCAAGAACACCAAUAACUGGGGGUAACCUAAAAACAUUCCUCUGAACUCCACCAGACCUAACAACACCAGGGUCUUAAAUGUGUGGUCAGUUUUAAGUCUGUUAUUUACGUUGUAUGAGUGUAUGUGUGCAAGAGACGUAUGGAGACACAAAAGAGAAAAAUAAUCUGUAAAUAUAUUUAGAAAAGAUUAGUUUUUAUAUUACAUUCUGUACAAUAUACCCUGUGUUCUAUUGCAUAUGUGUAAUAAAACAGAUCAGGCAGCUAAACUGUCCAUGUCUUGUAAGCAUGGGCUGGUAAAACGUUCUCAGUGUGAUUACAUUCAGUCUAAAAUUCUUUAUGGCAUUUUGACAAAACAGCACAAAUAUGUAUAAUAUUGCUAAAUGCUUUUAUUUUAAACAGUAAAUACUAUUAUUGACACUACCCUUUAAUAAUCUAAUAUAGCUGGCUAGUUCUAAACUACUAUGUUAGUUAUAGAGAUGCACCAAUCAGUCCACCACAGUUUUGAACCGGCCAAAUUUCCUCUGUUCUCCCAACCAGUGGCAGUUCUAGAUCAAGUGUACCAGGGGGCCAGGAGGGGGCCAGCAUUGUUUUCAUGGGGGCACAGAAAAGCAUGAAAUAAAAAACAGGGUUAGGGAUUCCAAUAUAUUUAGAUAGCUGCAUAAGGUAAAAUUUCUGUUUAAUUAGGUUUGAUUAAAAGUCUAUGUCUUAUUUGGCCAAUAUACAUUCAGAAUUUAGGAAUUUUACAUAUUUUCGACUUAAUUUUAGUUAAAGUAACUGUUUUCUAUAAAAUCUGAAUUAGAAAAAAGUAUUUUGUUGAAAAAAGAAAAACAUUUAGCAGAUGAAAAAUGGGAUUCCUAUCUCAAUCCCACUGAAUCACAUUAUUGUUUUUAAAUUAUUAGUAAAACAGAAUUUAUAAAGAAAAAAUAAAUUAAAUGGAUCCAAAGAACUUAUCAGUAACCAUGUCUGUUCCAGCGUAUGUCAUCAUUAGAAUUUCUUUGAGUAUUAUGUCUUCAGUACAGGGGCCAGGACAUGAUCUACAGGGGCACUGGCCCCCGUUGGCCCCUGUCUAGAACCACCCAUGCUCCCAGCAAUUGAUUUUUUUAUUUUUUUUUUAUCUAGAGCCCAAAGUGGAGGCUGCAGGGAUCAAAUGGGGGACUUGCAACCUUCUCAGAGCACAAGUGCAUUGCUCUAACCCACUAGAUCAACACUCCUAACAUAUAAUAGAAAUGUAUGGAAGCCUGCUUACAGACAGCUGGUUAAAUAAUGACUCUUGGAAUUGGAAAUUUCCUCUGUGCUUUACAAAUCACUUUCUUUAAAAUUAAAUUAAAAUUUCAAUUAACUGUUAAAACUUUUACAUAUCUUUAUACCUGUAGCCAGUCUACACCUAAAACGUGUGUCAUUUUCUUUGCAGCAGCUUUAUUGAUCGGUAAAAAAGCAACAUGAUGUUCCAGUUAAAGAUGAUUUUACUGUAUGAAAUAAACUUCUGUUGCUACUGUUUUCUUUAGACAAAAUGUAUGCCUUUCCUGUAAGGAACUGAAAAAUAAGCUAACCUGAUGUUUUAACUCACAAGUUCUAGUAUCAACAGUAUUAGAGAGUGACUUAAUUGGAGCUUGACAUGUAUUACUCAACAGCAGAGUAAAAGUUCAGAGGGGAAGAGUAAAGCCUGCAUUAGACUCUUAAGUUUCCUACUUGGUUUGUUUACUUCAGUUUUACAGAUAAACUAUUGAUCUGUCACUUAUUGUGUUGUUAUUAAUCUGUUUCUCUGCCUUUAUUUGUAAAAUAUGCAGUCUUGUUUUAUAUUUGAGUUGUUGCCUGGUGCAACAACGCAUCUCUGUAUUUUGUUUGAAGAACAUUUUUAUUUAGUAAAGCUGAAUUUCUCAGAUUUUCUCUCACGUUUCCACUUUUUUUGUAUAUUUCGAAAAAAAAACAUAUGUAUGAACUUUUGUAAAAAUUGUGCUUAAAGUGGACUCUGUACGUUCUCGUCCUCUUCAGUCUAGAUUUUUGUACGCAUCACAGAUGCUUUGAAAGGGCAGUUUCUCUGCAGAACAUUUGUCCCCCUGUUUAAAUUAAGGCACUGUUUAUAUUCUUUAUACAGCGUAUAUCUUCUGCAAGGCUGAUGAAUAAAAAGGGAUGACAUGGCUGUUUUUUUUAUUUCAAAUAAAUGUUCCACUGUUCUUU